AUGAACGCAUUCUCUUCCAGGCUUCCCAGGUUACUCAAAGAAUCCUCCCCUUUGCUCCCUGAAAACUUUGCGUCUUUCUUAGAGACAUGUUCAAAUGUCAAUUUAUUGAAAAAGUUACAUGCUUGUAUAUGUACACGAGGCCUUGCAGGCAACAACUUUUUGGGCUCCAAGCUUGUCAAAUCCUAUACAAGAUUCAAUCUUCUAAAAGAAUCCAAAUGGGUUUUUGAUAAAGCUGUUGAUAAAAAUCUUCCUCUCUGGAUUUCAGUUAUUGUUGGGUACUUUAGAGGUGAUAAUUUUGAUGAAGUUUUGAGGAAAUAUAUAGAACUAAGGCGGAUAAAUAUUGGUAAUCAUAGUUCUGCGCUCACAUUUGGUUUGAAAAGUUGUGUUGAGUUGGGGACUUUUGAAUUUGGAAGAGCCAUUCACGUGGAUGGUUUUAAAUUUGGAUUUAGUAAUGAACAAUUUGUAGGGUCAUCUUUGAUUGGGUUUUAUUCGAAGUUUGAUCAUAUUGAGAAAGCAGCUAAAGUUUUUGAAGAAAUUAUUAACAGAGAUGUGGUUGCUUAUACUUCGAUUAUCACAGGGUACGCUCAUGCUGCUGAUCUUUGUGCUUACAAAGCUUUUAGAAUGGCAUCCCAUAUGCAAUGGGAUGGAAUUGAGCCUAAUAGGGUUACUUUGAUAAGUUUACUUCAUGCUGCAUCACAAUUAGGAGCACUAGCAGAGGGAAAAUCAAUUCAUGGUUAUGGAAUUAGAAGAGGAAUUGGUUGUCUAGAUGAAGUUUUUGAAACAAGCCUUAUGGAUAUGUAUAUAAAGUGUGGUGAUCCGAACAAAGCAGCUGCAAUAUUUGAAAAGAUGGAUGAAAAGACUAUUGGUUCUUGGAAUGCUUUGAUUUCUUGUCAUCUUCAAUUGGGACAGCCGUCGAAAGCUCUGAACCUGUUUUCCCAAAUGGUGGAAGAAAAAUUUGAGCUUGAUUUGAUCACUUUAGCAAAUGGCCUAAUGAGUUGUGCAAAUUUGGGGAAUUUGCUUGCAGGAAAAAGUAUUCACAGUUACAUUCUUCGAUCGGGAAUUCAACUUGAUCUUGUCACUACAACAAAUUUAAUUGAUAUGUACUCGAAAUGUAAGCACUUAACUGAAGCAAGUGAAGUCUUUAACAGAUCAGAGGAUAAAGAUAGUGUUUUGUUUAAUGUGAUGAUAGCCGCUUAUCAAUGUAAUGGAUUUCCAUAUCGGGCCAUGAAGACAUUUAAUGAAAUGGUAAUGGCAGGUGUUAGACAGCAUAUUAGUACCAUCCUGAGUGUGCUCUCAUCAUUAUGUGAUAUAAGAGAUUCACGAGGAGGCAAGUGCAUACAUGGAUAUGUGCUCAAACUUGGUUUUGAAGCAAACACUGAAGUUGCUAAUCAACUCAUGAACGUGUAUGCAAAAUGUGGCUUCAUAGGAUGCACAAGACAAGUAUUUGAAAAAUUAAAGAUUAAGGAUACAAUAUCUUGGACAACGCUUAUGAUGGCUUACGUUAAUCACAAUCUUGCUGAUGAAGCAAUGACCUUGUUUCGGUUGAUGCUAAGAGAAAAACUGCACCUUGAUUCUGUAGCUUUAACAAGUGUGCUUCAGGCAUUAAAUCAGCUUGGGAUCGUAAGUUUAGUGAGAGAAGUUCACUGUCUUGCGUAUCGAAUAUCUGUGGAAGAAGAUAUAUUUAUAAUCAAUUCCCUAAUUACUACUUAUAGCAGAUGUGGAAAAUUAAUGAUGGCCAUAAAUUUGUUUGAACACAUGUCUGAACGUCAUUUAUCAUCAUGGAACACUAUGAUAACUGCGUAUGGGAUGCAUGGGGAUUGCGUACAGGCACUCAAAUUGUUUGACCAAAUGAGAACAGAGAAGAUCUCGCCUGAUGCGGUUACCUUCACAUCAGUACUCUCCGCCUGCAGUCAUUCUGGAUCUUUAGAAAAGGGCUUGUGUAUUUUCUGGUCCAUGGAGAAAGAGUAUGGAGUUGUUCCAUCAGAGGAGCAUUACGGUUGUGUAGUGGAUUUGUUAGGACGAGCAGGACAGAUAGAAGAAGCAUACAAUCUUCUAAAAAAUUUUCCAUCAGGACAGAAUGCUUCUGCUCUUAGGGCUCUGCUUGCAGCUUCCAGAGUUCAUGGUAGUACUGCGACGGGGGAAAGAAUAGGAAGGUGGUUAUUGAAUAUGGAGCCCCAACAUCCAAGCAUUUAUUGUGCUGUGUCGAAUAUGUACGCUGGAGGAGGAAAAUGGGAUGAUGUAGCACGUAUAGGAUCUAUUGCAAAGGGGAGAGGUUUGAAAAGGACUACAGGUUUUCUGGAAUUGAGCCCUACUCAGUUUGGAACUUCCAAUGGUUUUAUGCCCAAGAAAGACGACGCAGAGAAGCAGCAGUCUAGAUCAUCUUUGCAAUCACACCCCUGCAUGGAUGUGUCAUAUAACGGUCUUGAGAUUCAGUUCAAUUGCCUGUCUCACGGAUUUUCUUUUGAAACUGGGAUUUACAUUUUUAGAAUGGAAUUGCACAACGUAUUUGGAAGAGGGACGCACUGUGGAAAUCUGUGA